AUGUUGCCUAACCACCUUAAAAUAGCUCUAGUAUACGACUCACGCUCGACAUACCGUGAGCUCGGAUACUCAGAAAUAGACUGCGCAGAUCUUGGUCUUGACGAGGAGACGCCAGUUAUUUCUGCUGCUCUUGAACACCAUGACCACCAUGUCACCCUAAUUCCAGGCAUCAAGCCGCUGGUCCAGCAGUUGGCCAUUGGGAGGGCUACAGAAUGGGACUUGGUCUUCAAUGUAUCGGAGGGUUUUUACGGAACUGCAAGGGAGUCGCAGGUCCCAGGGCUCCUCGAGGCAUAUCAGAUUCCGUAUACAUUUUCAGAUGCGGCAACAUCAGCACUAUGUUUAGAGAAAGGGAGAACAAAGCUACUGUUCUCUUCAAUUCUUUAUUAA